GGUUGGGGGGUGGGGGGUUGUGCCCCUAUAGAAGCGGCCCUGCAGCGGGAGCCCCGGUGACUCGGCUCCUCCUGACCGGUCUGGAGUCUCGGCUGCCGGGCACACAUGUCCUGCUCACCGCCCCUCACCGGGGGAAAGUCUCCCUCCCCGGGGGAAACCAGGGAGAACGGCCUGGAGGAGCAGGAGCUGGAGAAGGAGCUGGAUGAGGAGGCAGAGGAGGAGGAGGAGGAGGACCUGGACGACGAGCUGGACGCUUCUCAGCUCGAGAGGUUCAUGAGGGACCGGAGGAGAGCCAAGUCCCUGCCCGCGUACCCGGCCGCGCUCCUGGAGGAGGUGUCCGGGAGCAACGGGAGGAAGCGGGUGAAGUUCGCCGACUCCAUGGGCCUGAACCUGGCCAGUGUGAAGCACUUCAGCUCCCUGGAGGAGCCGCAGGUCCCCAGUAAAGUCCUGUCCCGGUACCGGAGCUUCCCCCCGCCGCAGCAGGAGCUGCUCAGCGACCGGGGCCAGAGCUUCAGGUCCAGCCCGGACUCGGACCGGCUGGUGGCCUGCUUCCCGGAGCCGCGGGACCCGGAGCGCAGAGUCCCGCGGCUCCGGGUCUGUCUGGAGAAAAUCACCAUCACUCAGUUCGACGUGCGAGGGCAGAUCCGGGUCUUCAGCGGCGGCUCCGCCAGGGAGGUCGGGGUCCGGUACACCUUCAACGACUGGCUGUCCUGCGUGGACGCGCAGGCUCUGGCCGUGGACGAGCCGGGCAUCGUGGGAGAGCGCUUCUCCUUCACCGUGUACACGCCGCCCUUCAUGGACCCCAGCUCGGCCGUGCACUUCGCCCUGUACCUGAGGAGCGAGGACGGGGAGUUCUGGGACAAUAACCAGGGGCAGAACUACAGCCUCCGGUACCGCUGCCUGCCCGGAACCACGCCAUUUGUCAGCGCCGCUUUUCACGCCAUCUGAGCGGUGUGUGCGCCGUGCGUAAAACCUCUCCAUCUGUGCGUAAAACCUCUCCAUCCGUGCGUAAAACCUCUCCAUCCACCCCAGGUGCGGACAGCAACUCGUUGAUGUGCAGGUGCUGUUUCCACAUCCCAUGUGAAGUUGUGUUGUUUUGUGAGUCUUUAGUCAUCAGUGUGUCACAGUGAUCAUCACAUGUGUAUUUUUAAACCUCCGAACCAAAGCUCUGAAGAGCAACAACACAACUCAGACUUUGUGGACACUAUCAACAGACUCUUUGCUGCCUCUGAAUUGUGUGCGACCACAAUCAGGACACGUCCGUGUCAACGACCUGCUGGAUGUCCUGAGCGUCAGUCACAGACUCACUCAACGACACAGUGUCUCUGCUGAGAAGCAUUCGUUUGUACAAGUUUUAUGAUAAAAGAUAGUUUGGUCCAGUCGUGGAGAAUGUCUCGUUCUUUUCAGCCGGGUGCAGGAGUCUUCAUCAUCUUCAUCAUGAAGAAUCUGAUGUGUGUGUGAACCUGACUCUGAUUAGAUCUAAACUGCUGUCUCCACUUUGACCUUCUGACUGAACUCAUUUCCAGAUGAUUGUUAGUGAUUCAGAACAACCAGCCUUCUUCUUCUCUGGAGCUUUAUCCUGCAGAGUCUUCCUCAGGCUCAGGUGUGAUGUCAUGAUCCUCAGGUGUAUUGUUCAUGUUUGUGAUGUGAUUGAAACCUGUGGAUGAAGAUACUAAGAGGAAACCAGAUGCAUCUUUAUCAGAUUUAAUAAUUUAAUAAUAAAGUAAUUUAUGGGUGAAUCACAAA